CCACUGCGCAUGCGUACAGCCAGCUCUCACCCUCCUGUCCGCUAGGGGGCGGUGUCCGAUGACGCUAGUGUUGGUGACGUCAGUGCUGCUACAUGUGACAUUGACAUCAACAGAGGCACGAUGAGGCUGACUGCUCUCCUGUCCAUGGCAGCCAGGGUGGUGGUGCCUAAAGACUACCGCUUCGGCACCAACAGGCCGUGGACUCCGGCUGCUAGGAGGCUGAAUCCUCCUGGGAAGAGGAGGAGGAAGGUGUUUGUGGAGCCCAUAGCAGCAGAGGACUGGUCUGUGUUCAGAGGGGACAGGGUGGAGAUUCUCGCAGGGAAGGACAAAGGGAAGCAGGGAAAAGUGAUCCAAGUCUUCCGACACAGAAAUUGGGUUAUGCUGGAGGGCCUGAACGCACAUCACAGGUAUAUUGGAAAAACUGGGGAUUACCGUGGGACUUACAUUUCUAGCGAGGCUCCCAUCCUGCUCCACGAUGUUGCGCUCAUUGACCCCUCAGACAGGAAGCCCACUGAUGUGGAGUGGAAAUUCACAGAAGAGGGGGAGAGAGUCCGAGUGGCUCUCAGGACGGGUCGAAUCAUCCCCAAACCUGUCGUAGAGCGACGAGAUGGCAUCGUGCCAAUGCAGUGGAAAGAUGGUCCGAAAGACACCAGUCCAGAAGCCACUCUAGAAAAAACCUACGUACCGUCUUUAAAAACCCUGGAGGAGGAAGUCAUGGAGAAAAUGGGCAUCCAGGAGAACAGAAGGCCCCGAAGGUCCUACUGGUACUGACCGGACAAACUAGAGACACUCAGGCACCAUUGUGCUAUCCAGUUUCCACCCUGAAAACUCUCCAUGUGUUGGUGGGAGUCGAGCAGAAUGGCAUGUUAAAGAGAGACUAUGAGGAUAACAUGAGUAAGGCUUAUGGAAACACUGGAAAACACUGGUGCAACAUACAUAUUAGUAAGGAAAUGACAGCUUUGUAAAAAAAUAUGAGGAGGUGAAACAGACCUGUUACGUAAAUGUUUCCUGAAUAGUUUCAAUCGUUCUCUAUUCUCUGGUAUCAGAGUUUGAAUUAUGUUUCUUUUUUUGUAAUUGUGAAUAAAUGUCACACGUAAACUAAUA